UCAAGUAUGUGACGUUGAAAGUUUUAUUUUCCACCAUUCGGAAAACGGAAGGCAGAAACAAGGGAAAUUUUUGUCCGAAAAAUAAAUCAAUUUCCAAGUAGUUAAUUUUCGUUCUCUGACUUCCGACUACUUAGCGAAGAACUUUAGUGUUACAAUCUGUCGUGCAAAAUAAUUUACAAAACCUGCAAAAUGGCGUGAGAAGUGGAAAAAGAAAAGUAGUGAUUCGCCCCAGCACACUACACUGCAAAGGAAUCUCUUUUGCAAGUUUUUCGUUUUUGUGCUGAUCAUCACCCUCUUCAACUUGAAGGAUUCCUUUUUCUUCGAACAAUCUCAUGCACCGUGGGGUUGAACCAAAUUUGCUGAUUCGCUUAGCAAUGGGCAAAGAGGUGACGUCCAGUAAGGUGCAAAGAAAGAAAGAAUGACUUUUUACGGAUUUUCCCUGAUUAAUGAAAAUAUCCGCUCGGAAGGAUGAAAAUUCCAGCAGUCAAACCUCGUCAAGUUUGAAGGAGAAACAUCAGCAAUGGUGGUGUGCUUCGCUUACCACACAUAGAUGGAAGAAAGGAUUAAUGGCUAUGCGUGCAGUGAAGGUGGAAAUGUGUAGUUAACAUCAGAGGCUUAUUGCUUCAAAAUCUUUUUCUGCUUCCUUGAAAAUAAAAGACGAAAGUGUGCUGGUAAAGAAGAAAGAAGUGAAGUUAAAAGCGUUAAAACAGCGCUUAUCGGGGGUAUAAAUUUUGAUAAUUAUUAAAAUAUUCCUUCCGCGGGUAAUCGAUAUUUCUAAUCUUCAUCGGCAUAGUGAUUGCUAAUUUCGGUUUGUUCGCGAAUUCUGACUAACAGAAGAGAGCAGUUGCGUGAGGAAACUAUCGAUAUGUGGGCGUUACUAGCGGUUCGGCGAGUUUCAUUCACCUAGACAAUAAGGAUAUGUCUUCUAUGGAGGAUUGCUCUGAAUACAGCAAUUCUCACCAUCAUUCGCAACAGCAACACCAUCGACAUGGCAACCAACAGCAACAACAGCACCACCAAGCGAAGCUAUCAGCUGCGUUAUCAUCCAAUGCACUGGCGGCACAUCAUCAGGGUCAGGGACAAGCCGUUCAAUCGGGUGGUCCAAAUGGGAGUAACUCUACCCUCACUCGUGGCAGCCGUCGGUCAUCAUUUGGUCCCAGCCAUUAUCAGCAACAGCUGGUACCGCAGGCAGUAAAUUUUCAUGAUGGACUUGGCAUGGCCGAUAACAUCUCGGUAGGAAGCGGCAGUAUCAUUAGCAACCACUCCGGCCAACGCUACGUACCCGACCUCCAGUAUGGAACACUCAGUAACCGGAUUAUCCACAACGAGCGGUACGUCAUUGAUGACAGCAGCUGUUUGCAACCCCCAUCGCCGGCACCCAGCAAUGACCACUAUGUCAUGGGGAUGCCAUCGCCGUCGCCCUCGGCACACCACUAUCCCGAGCGACAUUACGCGCUUCAACAGAGGACUAUGAGCCCGUCGAACAGCAGGUACCGCCAUAGUUUGACCGAAAACUAUCGUGACAUGUCACCACAAUGUGAACGCUUCAUCCCUCCCCCUGCCCAUUUUCUCAGCACCACUAAUCCACUCGCUGCCGCAGAAAGUUAUGGAUAUCUCAAUUCCAACGUGCACACCCCAGUCAAACGUUACGUUCCAACUCCACCGCCACAGGAGCCAACUUAUCAGCCACAGACCCAACUCAUGACAGCAAUUCUAACCCAAACAGCAGUAACCACAGCACAACAAAGAGGCAGUCACCUCACCAAUACUCUGCCAUAUCGUUUCCGUGUCAAAUCCUGCCCAAACGAACAGACCAUUUCUCCACCGCAGGGCUUCGAUACUUCCGAUCAUUAUGCCACACCGCCACGUGUUCGACCUACAAAAUGUUCAUCUUCCCUGACCGCGAGUUAUUCCGUACCAAAUUCGGCCCUGUCUUCACAGGCCAUUAGUUCCGGUCGGCAUUCCCGUCAGAGCAACGAAUAUCUCAUAGCUCGAACUCCCAGUGCCGAUUUUCUAGAUCAACCGUCAUGUCGAGUUUCCACUCCAGUCAGUGUUAUGAGUGAACCGAACGGGAGCGCAUCAUGUUUGCAUUGCAAUACGUUACGUAGAACAACUGGAGUUCACCAAACAACACAGACUAGUGGCCCGAUAAGUCCACAACCUUUGCCAUUCACAUCGGCAACCGAGUCGACCGGUCGUCAAUCACCAUUAAGUCCAGCAGCAUCCAUAUCCACGCCAAAGACCACAGCUCCAUCACCCAACAGUGUACAACACCUGUCGCACAAUCAUCAUCAAUCACAAACACAACAGCUACAGCAUCACUUUCAGCAACCGUCACAUGUUUCUUCAAACGCUCUUACCGCAACUCAGUCUCAGCCACAAAUAGCGAUAGAUAACUACGGUAGUCUCGAAGCACGGGAUAUAUCAACUAUCCCAAGAAAUCAAGCCAAACAGCAUCAGCAGCAGUCUCAGCACCCGUCAGCAAACUCCUCCGAACAGAGCAUCAUGACCAGUAGUAACAGUCGUUCAAUAUUAAUCCAGUAUCAGCAGCAGAACAUUCUACAACAGCCAGCAGCACAGCAACAAAUGCAACCACCACCGCCACCAGCAGUACAAACUGUACCACCGCAACAAAUGAUCCCACAGCAAGCACCUCAAAUGCAACAGCAACCUGCACAGCCAUCACAACCACAGCAAAUGUCUGCACCUGUUGCACCAGUAUCGCUCCCGGGGCCAUCCAUGCCGACACAUUCGCCACCGGUGAGCGAAUCGCCAGCAUCUACACUGCAACGUAAUGCACAACAAAUCUAUCGUCCAACUGGUCCAAAUAUGUCUCGAAAACAGCGUAUCAAGGAAUACAUGAAGCACGAAACAGCAAAAUUCUUCGGGGUAGACAAUUUAAACGAGGACUACGAGCGGCUCAAGUGGGAAGACCGUCAGAAACGUUUUGCUUUUCGACGGUUCGGUCAGUUGAAAGAUGAGUAUGACUUUGCUUAUCGCAACGGAAAUGCGAACAACCAUGCAGUGGAAGAAAAUGCGGUUCCAGUCGACAGACCCGAUAUACUGCCAGCUCAAAGCCAAGACGAACGUGACACAGAGCAAAGUCGACGGCAACGAGCGAACCCUCACCACUCAUACGACAACAGCUCGGAUACAUACAUGAUCAAAGCUGAACGGAAGCCCUCGGUCCCAACUGUUAUCUGGAAUGGUGUGUCUUUUGUUGUUCAGAGUAUCACUAGAAAAAGGUUCCGUAAACAGAAACAGUGGUCACGCAGCUUUGCUCCGGCCCACGUCGAGCUUACCAACGAUGAUAAUGAGCUAUGCGAUGGACUGCAGCCAAUUCAAGAUGAAGAAGCAUUCUUUGAUACACCGGUUGCUCCGCCCACUCAACAAGUCAUCCCAGGACAAGUUGUAGACAACUCUCGUCAACUGUUCGUAUCGGAGAACGAUCGGGGACUGGGCGGUACAGCCGGUAGUGGUAUCAUCAACGGGUGGCGUACGAGGUCUUCCGAACUUCAUCUGCAGGCUCGGGAUGGUGCCAGUGGUACUCUUGGACAACGAAUAUCUUCACACAUCCUGGACGGAGUGCUCGAUAACUCAAUGAGGCCAAUAGGACAUAAAAUUAAACUACUUAGACCGAAUGUCUUGGACGAUCGUUAUGAUUACAGACCAUUUUUUACGUACUGGAUCAAUACGGUACAGGUUCUGGUACUUGUUAUAUCGUUAAUCUGCUAUGGCUUCGGGCCGAUUGGAGUUGGCAUGGAGUACAAGACGGCUCAGGUGCUGGUAACCAGUCUGAGCUUACAACAGGUUCAUCACCAAGAAACCCGCAACGUGUGGAUAGGAUUUAAAAAUAUCGACAUUGUUCAUCUGGGCGCUAAAUAUGGAGCGUGUAUGCGUCGAGACUCUCGAAUAUCGGAGGUUAUUGUGAAAACAAGAAAACAAGAGCGAGAGACGGCCUGUUGCAUUCGUAACGAUGACUCGGGAUGUGUGCAAAGUUCACAAGCCGAUUGUUCGAUGCGUGGACUUUGGCCAACCAAAACGAUCGCCACCUGGAAGAAGUGGUCUCCUGGUGAGUCCGGUCCCGGUGGACGUAUUUCUGGUAGUGUUUGCGGUCUUGAUCCGAAGUACUGUGAUGCUCCAGCUUCGAUUGCACCACACGAAUGGCCGGAUGACAUUACAAAGUGGCCAAUUUGUCGCAAGAAUAAUCAAUUAUCGCAACGGUUCCGUUUCAAGGAUCAUACCGCUGAGCACAUGAUUUGCGAAGUGAUUGGUCAUCCGUGCUGUAUUGGCAUCUACGGAGAGUGUCGCAUCACUACCAGGGAAUAUUGUGAUUUCGUUAACGGGUACUUCCACGAAGAGGCAUCGCUUUGUUCACAGGUGUCCUGUUUGAACGACGUUUGCGGAAUGUUUCCGUUCAUCGCCAGCAACUAUCCGGAUCAGUUUUACCGUCUCUUCACGUCGCUUUGUCUACACGCAGGCAUAAUACAUCUAGCAAUCACAGUUGCCUUUCAGCACUUGCUGAUGUCAGAUCUAGAGCGGCUUAUUGGACCAUUGAGGAUGGCAAUCCUCUACAUUGGAUCAGGAAUCGCAGGAAACCUGACGAGUGCCAUCUUUGUACCAUACAAAGCUGAAGUUGGUCCACUGCCAUCGCUGGCUGGAGUCCUCUCAUCGCUAAUGGUUCAGCUUGUACUGUGCCACUGGAAAUGCUUAAAGAAACCGCACGUAGCUAUGAUAAAAUUACUAGUUAUCGGGUGUACAUUAUUCGGGUUAGGAACACUGCCCUGGCAGCAAAACUUUACCGGACUGAUAGCCGGUUUGCUCUUCGGCAUCGGACUGACGUUGGCCUUUGUGCCCUUCGUGAACGUAACGAAGCACAGUAGGAAGAGUAAAGUCAAUCUUAUAUGGACAUGCAUGGUGAUACAGUUUAUCGUCUACGCCGUAAUGUUCAUAAUUUUCUAUGUCUUUCCAAUGUUGUUUUCUUCGCUGAAUUUCAUCGAUGGGAAUCAACUGUCUGACCACAAUUCGGCGCAUAGCUACCACGACCAUUACAACUUGUACGAAGGCUACCAAAACUACAACCCCGGCAGUGGAAAUGGGCACAGCCAUGGCCACGGUAGCGGAGGUGGCAUCAUAAACGGCGGAAAUCAUAUUGUCACAACGUAUAAUGUGAACAACAACUACAAGUCGCCAACUGGACAUGGCGGCGGAAUCUUGCACAAUCAUCACGAGUACGGCGGAGGAGGUGGAGGCGGAAUCAGCAUGUCCGGUGGUAUCAAUAGGAUUAGUAGUAACAACAAUAAUAAGAAUAACAAUCUGCUGAAAGGUAUGAGCAUGUGUGAAAAAGGACAGUGUGUCCAACGUCAGCCACGUAGUGCUGACACGAAUGCAUGACGUCGAUGUUUCCUGCUGUUCACGUCGCUGGAGUUACUUUACGUCUUGUUUGUCCUGCUGGCCCUGUACGACGUCGAUGAUUUCCAGAUCAUUUAUCAGUUUAUCAUGUGAUACAACCAACAUAGUGACAAAGUAAUUUAAAUUUUUAUAUCGCUCUUUCCAUCGAAAAUGUGAUCACGAACCGUAUCUUAGUUGAAACACUUAGUUCAAACAUUCUAUUGAAAACGUAUAUAUAUUAUAUAUUCGUAUCUCUCUACACUUAAAGUAAACGAUCAAAAUCAAAAAAAAUGAGAAUAAAACGAUAUGAUAUAUAGCACACCCAGUUAUGUUUACGUUCUGUUAUCAUUAAGUCACCCGUUUCCUCUAACUUUACUCGAGAGUUACAUUGAAUAUAUAUAGUAAAUUAACAUAGAAUCAAGCAAGCAGAAACAUGCAAACGCAAGCGAAGUAUGUGGGUUAAAAUAACCAAUUCAUAGAAUUGCCCUCAGUUAGUUCGAAUAGCUAUCCCUCUAUGAUAUUAUUAGAAAUAUUGUAUGAAUUUCAAACUGACAAAACAGGAAAUAAAGCAAAACGAAAGAGUAAAUUUGAUUUGUAAAGUUGUAACAAAAAAGACACAAAAGAGUCAUGGAUGAAGUGUAAGCAAAUUCUAAUAAAACCUCUAUUUCAAUUUA